GUAUGUGUCAUUGUGUAUAGACUCGAGAACAAAGACAGAAGGUAGGGGAGUCAUCCAUGUCCAGAACCUCUAUUUUCUCUCUUCUCCUGUGCAUUGUCUUUACAUAACAAAUAUACAUAUCAGCCCGCGUCACUUACAACUUCUUUGGUUCCCGUCCAAACCUUUUCUCUCUUGCUCAAGUAUAUUCCUCACGACUCUGUUACUAUUGCAUGCUUUGAAUUCGCCAAAAAAAAGCAGUACUUCCCUGAAAUACACACCCUCUCGUGUGCUCUUCAACAUAGCGCGCGUACAUCUUCUAGACCCAAUCUUCUUUCAUAUUAUUCAAUGGGACCCAUUAGAGGGUUCAAGAGGAAGAAGAGGGCAGAGAAAAAAGUUGACCAAAAUGUCUUGGCUGCUUUGCUCCGCUCCCAACCCCAGCCCUUGGAUUGGUGGGACGACUUCUCCCAGAGGAUUACUGGACCUUUAUCUCAGUCAAAGAAUCCAAACAAAUUUGAAUCUGUUUUCAAAAUCUCAAGGAAGACAUUCAACUAUAUUUGUUCCCUUGUAAGGGACAAUAUGAUGGCUAGGCCUUCCAACUUCAAUGGUAUAAAUGGCAAGCCUUUGUCUUUAAAUGACCAAGUGGCUGUUGCUCUCAGGAGACUUAGCUCUGGCGAAUCACUAUCAAGUGUUGGUGAGUCAUUUGGGAUGAACCAAUCCACAGUUUCGCAAAUAACCUGGAGGUUUGUUGAAGCAAUAGAAGAACGAGGGAUUCACCAUCUCUGUUGGCCUUCAACAGAAGUAGAGAUGGAGGAGUUAAAAUCGAAGUUCCAGAAAAUCCGGGGCCUUCCAAAUUGUUGUGGUGCAAUAGACAUCACACACAUCAUGAUGACUCUGCCUACAAUGGACUCAACUGAUGACAUCUGGCUUGAUCAUGAGAAAAACUGCAGCAUGAUCUUGCAGGCAGUUGUGGACCCAGAAAUGAGAUUCCGUGACAUAAUUACCGGGUGGCCAGGAAGCUUGAGUGAUGACCUUGUGCUCCGAAGCUCAGGUUUCUUCAAACUUUCUGAAGAAGGUAAAAGGUUGAAUGGAAAGGAAGUGGAGCUUUCUCAAGGAAAAGAGUUAAGGGAAUAUAUAAUAGGAGAUGCAGGGUUUCCCCUUUUGCCAUGGCUUCUUACUCCUUAUCAAGGAAGAGGCCUCCUAGAUUUUCAGUCUGAGUUUAACAAGAGGCACUUUGCGACUCGAAUGGUGGCACAGAGAGCGUUGGCUAGGUUGAAGGAGAUGUGGAAGAUAAUUCAAGGAGUAAUGUGGAAGCCUGAUAAGCAUAGGUUACCAAGGAUCAUUCUUGCUUGUUGCAUACUGCACAACAUAGUUAUUGAUAUGGAGGAUGAGGUGCAAGAUGAAAUGCCUUUGUCUCAUCAUCAUGAUUCAAAUUACCGACAACAAACUUGCCAAUCUGCCGACAACACUGCAGUUGUUAUCAGGGAAAAUCUUUCACUCUGCUUAUCUGGAAAACUAACAUCUUGAAAGCAUUCUUCUCUCUCUUUUUGGACAAUUGUCUACGAUUUAAUUGUCAAAGUACUCUUCCUUUUUGUUAGCUGAAAUGGGAAGUUAUACUUGUUUGGUUAUUUUCUUUCACAUUGAGCUUGGUCGAAUAGUAAAUGACAAUUAUAUGAA